GCAGGCCAAGCCUUCUUCCGGGCAAAAUUCAUGGCAAUGGACAUUGGAGGGAGAGGUGAUGCGCCAUGAGGCGGCAGUGGUGUAUUCCUCUUGAUGUGCGCUUCAUGACUUUUUGGAGAACCGCUUUCUGGUCGAUGCGGACUGGUUGAAGAAGGCAUUCCGCCUUUGUCUUUCAGUCCAUUCGCGUCUUCGGUCAAUAACAAGUCAUCCUUAGAGCCGUUAUUCGAUAAGGGGUGAAAAUCCUGUUCUUUGCUUGCUGGCUGAAAUUGGCUAAAGUCGCUCUCCAUGGGAUCGGCCGCGUUCACGUUUGAUUUUGAUAUAUCAUGAAACGGUGGGUCAAUUAAAGCAGAAUCACCAGCGCUACCUCGUCCUGAAUCAUCUUCAUGGAAAAUAGCUUGCUGCAAUGAGUUUGGAAAUCUACGAUCAUCGGCAAAUGGAAAAGGAUAAGUUCCAGAAUUCAAUGACUCGCCGUCAUCUUCAUAAUACGGUGCUCCAGACAUUAACUCUACUAAAGAUUAAAACUUAAUACGAUUAUUUAAUGUACAUCCGCUGAAAAGGCACAGUUACGCGAAUCCUGCAAAGGUAUUGCCUUGUUAUAAUUAUUUGCUAAGGAACCUAAGGACUCAGUGAAUAGUGAGUCAAGCUGUUAUACGUAAGGAACGAUAGCGUAGAAAUCUUAAUCCGCGAAAAAGUUUGGUGGUGGGGUUUCUGUUUAGGAAGUUCCCAAGCGAAACAAAAUUUCUAUUCGAAGAUUUUGGUUCCCAUUUUGUUCUAUUCGUUUGAAAUUGUUUCUGAUUUUAUCUUCCUCUGCUUAUUCUUCCCUUCCCAGCGAGUUACCUGUCAUUUGUUUGUUUACAAAUUCCAAGGUACUUCGUUAAGCUUUUGAUGGAAGGAACAGCUUAAACAAACCAACCUGGAUUUUCCUGCCAAAUAGGUGAAUUGGUUAUUUUAUAUUUGAUAUAAUGGUUGCAGAUGAGCGCUUAAAUAGGAGGAAAGAUGAGAGAGAAUCUUCUUCUAGGUACGAUAGACAUGAUCGUGAAUAUCGCCAUAGACAACGCCAUGAGCAGGAUGAACGCGACGUAAGAAGAAAACACCGGCGUGAACGGUCACGUAGUCCUCGAAGAAAGCAUUCCUAUGAUGAUGAAACUCUUCGAAGACGAGAUGCUGAGAAAGAAUUUGCUCAGAAAAAUGAUUAUUUUCAAUCUCGUUUUGCCGGAGGUAACGAUUCUUUAGGAGGCACCUCUAGACAUGGUACUUUAGAGGGAAUGGAUUUUGGAAUGUAUGGCAAGCGUAUGUCAAAAGAGCAUAUGCAUGAAGAACCUAAAGAUACCCCUGGUCGAUUUAGGAGAGCUACCCAACCUGAUCGUCCUUCUGGAGCUACCGAUGUUCAAGAGCAGUAUGUGAAAGCUGAACGUGUUGAGUAUAAAAUUGGUGACAAUGGCUCACGAUGGAGAAUGAUGAAGCUUCAACGUGUUUUUGAUAUGGCGAAGGACAAUCAUCGACCUGUUGAAGAUGUAGCUCUUGAAAGGUACGGCUCUCUAAAGGACUUUGAUGACGCUUUGGAAGAAAGAGAAGAACUAGAUUAUCGGAAGGCAACGGGAAAAAUUCGGAAAGAUGAACUAACAGGUGAAAAACAUCGAAGUCGAUUAGAACAAGACAAGAACAACAAAUCGACGGUAUUGGAACCUGUGUCUUACUCUUCUUCAAAGCCUACACGAGAUGAAAUAAACAAGUUAAAAGCAGAGGUUUUACGUGCGCAGGCGAGAGGUUCAUCAAAUUAUGAAGCGUUAAAGCAACAAUAUGAUGCCAUGCAUAAAAAUUUUGAUGAUUCUUUAAAUGACGCUAGUUCGUCUCACUUGAAAUCUUUCACCAGCAAAAAUGACCCGUCUAUUGAGGAAAUGGUUCAGGAAGAGAAACUUUUAAAUAAACUAGACAAGCAUGGAUUGAGCAAAGACUAUGCGAAGCGCAUUACCAGGGAUAGUAGGUAUUCCAAUGAUUUGGAUUAUCUUGACGAAAAUGCCAAUAGAUUGGCCGAUCGUAUGAGCCGAAGGGAAAUAAACCUGGAACAAAUAUUCCAAGGAGGAAAUUUAUCAAAAAUGAAUCGUGCAUUGGAUUCUUGUCCGUUAUGUAUGAAUGCUAAUUCACAGCCACUGGCACCUGUCAUUACACUGAGUCAUCGCGCGUACCUUACUUUACCGACAAAACCUGGGUUAGCAAAAUAUCAUUGCUUAAUUGUUCCUAUGAAUCAUCGUGUAAAUGCUCUAUCUUGUGAUGAAGAUGAGUGGGACGAGAUUCGGAACUUUAUGAAAUGUAUAGCUUUAAUGUUUGAUUCUAUGGGAAUGGGUGUUAUUUUUUACGAAAAUGCACCUGCACCUCACAGAUAUCAUCACACUGCAAUUGAAUGCGUACCGGUCCCAAGACGCACGCUUUCGUUGGCACCAGCUUAUUUCCGUGAAGCUAUUCUAACUUCCGAUGACGAAUGGUCUCAGCAUCGCAAAAUCAUUGAUACCAUGGAAGGAGUUGAAAAAUAUGGAAAAUAUGCUUUCCGCAAGAUGAUGGUGAAAGAGUUGGGAUAUUUUCAUGUUUGGUUCACGGUCGAUGGAGGUUAUGGGCAUGUCGUCGAAAAUGAAAAAUUAUGGGGCCAACAUGACCAAGUCCCAAGACAAGUGUUUGCGAGUAUGCUGAACCUUCCGACAGAAUUCAUUCGAAGGAGAGGCAAAUGGACGGGCGUUAAGGAUCCAGCAGAAGAUGCUUUUCGAGCUCGUUUUCAUCCGUUUGAUUGGACUCGAAGCUUGUUGGAAUAGUUUCAUGCAUAAAGCUAUUUAUUUAUAUCAAGCAUCAAACAUGAUAACAUUGUAUAUUAGCUGUUGAGAAAAAAAUUUAGGGACAAAGGAAAUAACACAAAAAAUAUAAAAGAAGUCAAUUCAAUUAUUUAUGGAAAUGCGAAAUUUAUUUAGUACACACAAGUUCUAUAUAUAGUUUUAUAAAGCCAAUUUCUCAAAGGUUGGCUCGUUAUAGCAAGUUUAGUCAUUCG